AUGGGCAGCAAACUAUCUCCACUGCUGGCAAACGUUUUCAUGAGCGACUUUGAAGUAGAAUUACAAAAAGAAAAGUUGUUCCCCCGAGUGUGGAGACGUUAUGUGGACGAUAUUUUCGCUGUUGUAAAGGAGCGGUAUCUAUCCCAGGUACUUGACCUGCUGAAUGCCCAGCAUGAGAGCAUAAAAUUUACGCUGGAGAAAGAGGUGGACGGGAAACUACCGUUCCUUGAUCUAAUGAUCUCCAAGACAGAGGAAAAUAGAUUAAAAUACGCAAUCUACCGCAAACCCACCUCUACGGACAGGGAAUUUGUGGAUAAAAUUCUCCGGAAACACGAGAGAAAGAAACACAGGAGGAAUGCCACGACACUGAAGCCGGAAAAAGAGGAAGUUAAAAGGAUCAGCCUUCCGUUUUACCCAAAAAUUUCGAACCCGAUUCAUGCAACCCUUGAGCACCAUGGAUAUCAGGUUGUGUACAAAAGCAGUAACACGUUGAAAGACCUGUUGUGCAACCUGAAAGACAAGGUCCCAGCGGAUGAAAAAUCUGGGAUCUACCAAAUACCGUGUCAAAAUUGCCCUGCGGUGUACAUUGGGCAAACUCGCCGGAAGUUCAAAAUUCGUCUUCGUGAACAUAAACACGCGGUCGAAAACAAACGGACCAAUGAAUCAAGCGUGGCAGUACACACUACUCAUUUGGACCAUGCUGCGGAUUGGGAAAAUGCUAAGCUGGUGAAGAAUGUUAGAAAAUCCACCCAGUUAAACGCAUGGGAGUCCAUGUACAUUGCCACAGCGAAUCGUCCUCUCAUGAAUGAAGACGAUGCCCCGAUACAGUCACCCCUCUUCAACCUGACAAAGCUGAGAAUUCAGUAG